UCCUUGGAAUGUGGUGGGACACAACUUCAGACCACUUCACGUUCAAGGUUUCCAAACGCAUAGACGAGCUACUUCUGUCCGGAGAUCGUCGUCCUACGAAGCGGGAAGUCUUGCGAACCCUGAUGAUGGUUUUCGACCCGCUAGGCCUCAUUGGACACUUUUUGAUGCUUCUGAAGACACUUCUUCAGGAAAUAUGGCGCUCUUCAAUUGGAUGGGAUGAUUCGAUAAAUGACCAACACUUUGAAAAGUGGUCAACCUGGUGUGCGGCUCUACCUGGAAUCACCGAGCUUCAAAUUCCUCGAUGCUACCGAUCUUUGACAUCUACUUCAGAAGACAACGAGGUUCAGCUGCACACGUUCGUCGAUGCAAGUGAAGCAGGCUUUGCGGCAGUGGCGUAUCUACGAUUCCAAGAAGGAGCGAACAUCGAGUGUGCGCUUUUGGGAUCCAAAACGAGAGUUUCACCCCUUAAGUUCUUGUCCAUCCCACGAUCCGAGCUUCAGGCUGCCGUUAUCGGCAACCGCCUAGCAGAAACUGUCUGCAAAUCACUUUCGAUCAAGGUGAGCCGACGAUUUUUUUGGACAGAUUCGAAGGAUGUUCUGUGCUGGCUGAAUUCCGACCAUCGCCGCUAUAGCCAGUUCGUCGCCUUCAGAGUUAGCGAAAUUCUCGAGGCAUCAGAUGUAAAAGAAUGGCAUUGGGUUCCAAGCAAGCAAAAUGUCGCAGAUGAGGGUACUAAGUGGAGCAACACCAUCGACCUGUCCACGUCUAGUCGCUGGUUCAACGACCCGGAGUUUCUGCGGAAGCCAACAGAUCAAUGGCCCAUCUGCAGACAGCGCAUAGGUAGCACUUCCGAAGAACUGCGUCCACAUCUGCUGCUCCACGUAAAAGUCUCGGAAUCCGUAAUCGACGCUCAUCGUUUCUCCGACUGGCGGAAAUUACUCCGCUCUACUGCGUACAUUCUGCGAUUCGUGUGCAACAUGAAACUCAGCGCACAAAAGAAGGACCGCACCACCGGACCGCUGCAGCAUCAGGAGCUGUGCGACGCGGAAAACUACUUACACCGCAAAGCUCAGGAAGCCGCUUUCGCCGACGAAAUAGCUAUCCUAUCCAGGGACCGGAACUUGAAGAAUCCGGACAAGAACCUACCCAGAAGCAGCUCGCUUUUUCAUCAGUGCGUUUUUCUAGAUGAAAACAAUGUCGUCAGAGUUAGAGGUCGUACGCAAGCUUGCACGUUUAUCACCCGCGAUGAAGCCCAACCAGUCUUCCUUCCUCGUGAUCACUCUAUCACCAAGCUCAUUUUGUUUGAUUUCCACAAACGGUUCAACCAUCAGAACCAUCAAACAACGAUGAAUGAAAUACGUCAACGCUACCGAAUACCAAAGCUGAAGGUAGCAUACAGAGCCAUCCGUAAAGAGUGUCAGGAGUGUGCUAAUGAUCUGGCAUCACCGCAACCUCCUAUUAUGAGUGAUCUACCGCCUCAACGUCUUGCAGCUUUCACACGACCCUUCACCUUCAUGGGUAUAGAUUACUUCGGUCCUAUCAUUGUCACUGUAGGACGUCGUGCCGAAAAGCGGUGGGGAGUCUUGGCAACCUGCCUCACAAUCCGCGCCAUCCACUUAGAACUAGCCCACACACUGACAACCGAUUCAUGCAUCCUGGCGAUCAGGAACAUCAUGGCCAGAAGAGGAACACCAGCAGUCAUCUUCAGUGACCGUGGCACCAAUUUUCAAGGUGCAAGCAAAGAACUGAAAGAUAUCAUGCAGAACAUCGACCACGAACGGCUCAUGGAGGAGUUCACCACGCCCAACACCGAGUGGAGCUUCAUACCACCAGCCUCUCCGCACAUGGGCGGGGCGUGGGAACGCCUCAUACGGAGCGUGAAGUCCAACCUACGCAAACUGCAGUGGAGAAGGUCACCCACCGAUGAAGUGCUACACAGUACUCUAGUGGAGAUCGAGAAUGUAGUCAACUCAAGACCACUGACAGACAUCCCAAUAGACAACGACGAAUCACCGGUACUGACACCUAAUCACUUUCUGCUAGGGUCAUCAAACGGCCUGAAACCGUGGGUGCCGUACAGUGAUAGCCCCACUGUUCUCCGAAACAGCUUCAAGCAGUCGCAGGCCAUGGCCAACGAAUUCUGGAGAAGAUGGUUGAGGGAUUAUCUACCCGUAAUCACCCGACGUACGAAGUGGUUUACUAAGGUGCAACCCAUCCACGUCAACGAUGUCGUACUCAUCGUAGACCCUAACGCUCCCCGUAACAGCUGGCCACUAGGACGCAUAAUAGCAACCAGACCGGGACCAGAUGGACAAGUGAGAAGCGCAACCGUCCAAACAAGUCAUGGUAUCUACGAACGUCCUGCGGUGAAGCUCGCAGUGCUCGACGUAGGCGUCAAGGACCAAUACGCCUCAGGAGGACCUUCUGCGCAUUCGGGGGGGGGGACUGUAAGCGCGCCCGUCGAUCUGCGAACCCCUUGUAGUUCUGCUACCACCAGCGCUACCAGAGGAAGGUCUACCACUGAAUGACACCGCCUGUCAUCGAUGCCAGCCGUUCUGUCAUUAGAUCACGAUCCGUCAUACUCGAUGAUAAGCAGAAUUCAGAGGCAGAGAAGACAGAAAACAAUCUCGUCACGAUUGAUAGAAGCCGUUUUUUAGUUACUGUAUUUUUAUAAUUUAAUCAGUUAGCUUAAGUUUGCUCUAACCCAUUUGCUAGACAGCAAGAAACAAACUUGGAUUACGAAGCUAAAAAGAAACGGCGAGUUUUUGAACAGCCCUACUACGUCACUUAAUCGUGGUUUAAGUAAAUGGGUAAGAAUUCUAAAUAAACCCCUUGAAUUGCUCCUUACUAAAUUAUAAAAAAAAUUGACAGUUGAAGCUGCUCGUAAAAAGCUGGAAGUGCUCAGUACGGUCUCGAAUGCUUGAAUUUAGUUGAAGAAUAGUGAGACACUAAACGUAAGGAAAAGUUU